GGGCAGGCGGUCGCUGUAGCGCUGCUGGUACCUUCUCCGCUAGGCCGCCCAGAGUCUCCUGGGCGUCUCGCUUCCCCAACCCAAACCGGAGGACACCGCGCCCGCCGCCGACUGUUCCUCGGCGCUCCCAUGAUCACCCGGUGCCUUUCGGCUGUGCGAGGCCUCCACAGAGUUGGUGGUUCCAGGAUUUUAUUCAGAAUGACUUUAGGAAGAGAAAUUAUGUCUCCCCUUCAGUCAAUGUCUUCCUAUACUGCUGCUGGCAGAAAUAUUUUAAGAUGGGAUCUUUCACCAGAACAAAUUAAAACAAAAACUGAGGAGCUCAUUGUGCAGACCAAGCAGGUGUAUGAUUCUAUUGGAAUGCUUGACAUCGAAGAAGUAACUUAUGAGAACUGUUUACAGGCACUGGCAGAUGUAGAAAUGAAAUAUAUAGUGGAACGAACCAUGUUAGACUUUCCCCAGCAUGUCUCCUCUGACAGGGAAGUACGGGCAGCAAGUACAGAAGCGGACAAAAAACUUUCUCGUUUUGAUAUCGAGAUGAGCAUGAGAAAAGAUAUAUUUCUGAGGAUUGUUCAUUUACAGGAAACAUGUGAUCUGGGGAAGAUAAAGCCUGAAGCCAGACGAUACUUGGAAAAGUCAGUUAAAAUGGGGAAAAGAAAUGGGCUUCAUCUUCCAGAACAAAUACAGAAUGAAAUCAAAGCAGUGAAGAAAAGAAUAAGUGAGCUCUGCAUUGACUUUAACAAAAACCUCAAUGAGGAUGACACCUUCCUUGUGUUUUCCAGAGCUGAACUUGGUGCUCUUCCUGAUGAUUUCAUUGACACUUUAGAAAAGACAGAUGAUGACAAGUAUAAAAUUACCUUAAAAUAUCCACAUUAUUUUCCUGUAAUGAAAAAAUGUUGUAUUCCUGAAACCAGAAGGAAGAUGGAAAUGGCUUUUAAUACAAGGUGCAAAGAGGAAAACACCAAGAUUCUGCAGCAGUUACUACCACUGAGGGCCAAAAUAGCCAAAUUGCUUGGCUAUAGCACACAUGCAGACUUCGUCCUUGAAAUGAACACUGCGAAGAGUACAAGCCAUGUAACAGCCUUUCUCGAUGAUUUAAGCCUGAAAUUAAAGCCUCUGGGUGAGGCAGAACGAGAUUUUAUCUUGAAUCUGAAGAAAAAGGAAUGUGAAGAGAAAGGUUUUGAAUAUGAUGGGAAAAUCAAUGCCUGGGAUCUAUAUUAUUACAUGACACAGACAGAAGAACUUAAGUAUUCCGUAGACCAAGAGAUCCUCAAGGAAUAUUUCCCAAUUGAAGUGGUUACUGAAGGCCUGUUGAACAUAUAUCAAGAGUUGCUGGGACUUUCAUUUGAACAAGUGGCAGAUGCUCAUGUGUGGAAUAAAAGUGUUACGCUUUACACUGUGAAGGAUAAAGCUACAGGAGAAGUACUGGGGCAGUUCUACUUGGACCUCUAUCCAAGGGAAGGAAAAUACAACCACGCAGCCUGCUUUGGUCUGCAGCCUGGCUGUCUCCUCCCUGAUGGGAGCCGCAUGAUGUCUGUGGCUGCCCUUGUGGUGAACUUCUCACAGCCACUAGCCGGGCGCCCCUCUCUCCUGAGGCAUGAUGAGGUGAGGACUUACUUCCAUGAAUUUGGUCAUGUCAUGCAUCAGAUUUGUGCACAGACUGAUUUUGCACGAUUUAGUGGAACAAAUGUGGAAACUGACUUUGUAGAGGUACCAUCACAAAUGCUUGAAAACUGGGUAUGGGACAUUGAUUCCCUCCGAAGACUGUCAAAGCAUUAUAAAGAUGGAAGCCCUGUGAUGGAUGAUCUCCUUGAAAAACUUGUUGCUUCCAGACUGGUCAACACAGGUCUUCUGACCUUACGCCAGAUUGUUCUGAGCAAAGUUGAUCAGUCUCUCCACACCAACCCAUCGCUGGAUGCCGCAAAUGAAUAUGCCAAAUACUGCAAAGAAAUUUUAGGUGUUGCAGCUACUCCAGGCACAAAUAUGCCAGCGACUUUUGGGCAUUUGGCAGGGGGAUAUGAUGGCCAAUAUUAUGGAUAUCUCUGGAGUGAAGUAUUUUCCAUGGACAUGUUCUACAGCUGUUUCAAAAAAGAAGGGAUAAUGAAUCCAGAGGUUGGAAUGAAAUACAGAAACCUAAUCCUGAAACCUGGGGGAUCUCUGGACGGCAUGGACAUGCUCCAAAAUUUCUUGAAACGUGAGCCAAACCAAAAAGCGUUCCUAAUGAGUAGAGGCCUGCAUGGUCUGUAGACUGGGGAUCUUUGGGAGCCGUCCAUGUCUGGAGGACAAGUCAACACCACCAUGUGUUACUAGCCUGGAAACUGAAGGGAGUUUUGCAAAUGAAAAUUUAGAUUUCUAUUGACUUCCUUUUUUUUUUUUAAUUUGAAAAUACAGAUGUAAAUGAAAUUAUAAAUACUGUAACCUAAGAUAACACUCAUCAGAAAAUGGUUGUACUAUAAAUUUCAUAAAAAUGGAUUUUAUUUCCUUUUAUAAAACUUUCAUAUGAAUAUAAUUUGAUUUUUUACUAUUGUAAUCUAGAUAGUGUAAGAGGGCUAAGAAUUUUUAAAAUUGAAUCAUAUACAUUAUAUAAUUUGAUCCUUCUUAUAUCUUGAAGUUUUGUACUUGGGGUUUCUGGACUGAUAAAUGAAUCAUCACAUUCCUCUGGCAAAUGUUGGAGCCUUGCCAUCAUUUUGACUCUGUCUCACAGUGAUGUGUGACCCCUUUGCCUGCAUACCUCAGGGCCAGGGGAAUGUGCCUCGGUAAUGCAUUUAUCUUUGUGUUUCAGGACUUAUGAUUCCCAAAUGUCUCCCAGACUGAAAUUAUGUUCCUCCAUUUGGGUUUGUCUUUUCUGUUUAAACUAACAUCAGAGAGCACAAAAGAAUUGUAAGUUUGAACUGACCUAACAUAUAUUGCAAGUUGUUCAUUUCCUCUUUAACAUAUAAGGUUAUCAGUCUUUUGGUAUAUUUACCAAUUAGAACUUGGACUAAAGCAAGUCCAAGUAUAUUUUCCUCUCCUCGUCUUGGUCAUGAGGCACAUCAUACAGCUAUGUGCCUCCUACAGUGCCCACCCUACCCCAAGGUGCAAGCAGACCUGUGACUGGUGGCCAUUUGGGGUGCCAGGGGAGAGAGCUGACAGCACUGUGGAGCAGAAGAGUUCAGAAUCUCUAAACGAGGCGUGGAUUCUGGACAGAAGAGUUUGAGGAGAGCUGCUCCAAAUUGUUGUGUGCAGUUUACAUGCAGACACGGGGGUGCUCUUCAGUAGCCUACUUUGCCUACCAAUUUUUCUUUUCAGUGGACCUUUAAAUCUCUGUUUAACUCAAUUAAUUCUGGCUCUAAGUUUCAGCGAUAGCAGACCAAUACACUUAUUUUCCUUAAAGGAAUCUACUCAGUAAGAAAGCAAACAGGAUGAUAAAAAUGAUAUUUAAUUACAAAAACCCAAACUUUGAAAGUCUACUGCAUCAGUCAUUCAUUUGUUCCCCGAUAAAGUUUGCUUUUCUAACCAAAGACAGAAUUAGAACCUUUCUAUUCUCCAGUUGAAAUGAACAUUGUUCUAACUUUUAAAAAGAAAAAAAAAGGUAUUAUAUUGUUUUAUAAUAUUACAGAAACCAAAAAAUAAAAAUGAAUAUUGCAAUAUUACAACAGAGAAAAAGAUUCUAAGAUUGUUACCACCAAGCAAAUACCUUAUACAUCCCCAUGAACUCCUAUCCUCCCUCUGAGACGUCGCCAGCCCGGCCUGCUCCUACACCCACCGUCAGCUCUGUCUCCAGGCUUCGUCGCUGUCUUUUGGUCUGUCUCAGCAACCUCUGGUCCUUUUCUCAUUUCUUCCCCAGACUGUUCUGUUUUCCAAUUUCAGACAAAAACUCUCUUCAGCUUUUUCUACUAUCUAAUGUACCUCCUUAACAACGAUUUACAUCAUUUUAAAUCUUCACUUAUUUCAUAUGAAAAAAAAAACUAAUACUUGGUGUGAAAAAGGCUGUACUCAAUAAAAUUACAUUAUUACUACCCAGGAGAAUGGGCUCACAUUUCUUUGAUCCGUAGUAUUGAAGUGAAUUGCAUAAGAGAACAAAAGCACAAUGUUACUCUUUUUUAUUGAGGGUCCUAGUAGAAUAUUUAAAAUUACCCAAAAAGAAUAAUAAAAUUAAAAACUCACUUUAAAAAGGUCUCUAACAUAAUUCAAAACCAAGGACUUAUUUUUUUUAAGCCUUCUUUAAUGGAGCCAUCUACUUCCCAUUCCCCAGGUCAGGGCAUAAGCUGGCAGGUCCUCUCAGCGAUUGCAAACUAAGACAAUUGUAAUGGGCCAGCCAGCAUCAGAAUUUAUUGACUGAGCCACAUAUUAGAAAGUCUCCUUUGGUUUUAGGCCCAGGAGUUUUUGUUCUCUUUCAGCUUUUGUUCUCAUUGUGUUGCUGUGGGUUAAGUUAAAAAUGUUUAUAUUAAUAUCAAGCAGGCCUAAUUCCUGAGGUUUUAAUGUUAAAAUGCCACCAAGAAGAGAAGGUAAAGUCCUGCUGUUAUGCCCCCUAAUAAAGACUGUUUUUCCCCUCUGGUACAAAUAGUACAUGUUACCUAGAUAGGGAAAAUGGGUACCUAAGUGUUAUUACCUGCGCUGUUUAUCAAAUUCUUGACUUUCUAAAGCUAAUAUAGAGAAAGGUUGCCAAUUGUAACUUACUAGACUUAAAAACUGCAUUGCAUAAGAGAACUGAGUCAAAAUAAAAAAAGGUCUUAAAAAUAUUGAUA